AUGGUGACGGACGUGCAGCUGGCCAUAUUCGCCAACAUGCUUGGCGUGUCAUUGUUCCUGCUGGUUGUGUUGUAUCACUAUGUUGCUGUCAAUAACCCCAAGAAGCUGGAGUAGAGUCCCACCCAAUAUGGUCGGAGAGGUGAGAUGGGACUCAAUGCCAUCACCAUGGAAACAACAUUCCCCACUUCCAGUCCCAAGAGAUGAAUUUCUUUGUAAGAUUGCACAGUAGUGUUUUUUUCUAAUAAUAAAAAAAAAAAUGUGUAUGCC